UGCUUACCUAGAGAUUCUCGCUCGGUAGUGAAGCCUUUGAUUGAUUUCCUACACCAUGCCGAUGCAGACAAGGGGUUCAACAGUAGAAAGCGACAACGCGGGAAGUGCAAAACGGAAGCCCGUCCGCCGAGACCCGGAGAAGAGGAGGCAACAGAAUAUCCAGGCGCAAAGAAAGUACCGAGAGAAGCUUCGUAAGCGUCUGGAGAACCUCGAAGUACUCGCAGAGUCUGCGUCGGAAGCAGCCCUAGCGCAUGGAUCUGCGAUCUCUCUGCCCCACAUUCUUACAGAUGACGUUCCAAAUGCUGAGGCUGCGAGAAACCCCGUUUCCUUUCCAUCGGUGGUGGGCCCAGAAGACCCAAUUCCACCACUAGACGGGUUCUCUGCACCACCUAGCUUCUGGGAGCAUGCAACAUGGCCUGCCGAGUUUGAUGACUCUUCAACAUCGCUGGCGAUACUCGACUCUGCUAUAUAUGCACCAUCACCGGCCGGCCUUCCAGCAUCUAACAUAUGGGGUUCGCCCAUCGACCUCAUUUCCUCAGUCUCCAGCUUGCGGGAUUUCACCCCCAGUGCUCCACAGUCAAAUGACUCCCCAUCCACCUCCCAUGGCGAACCCUCCUUUCUCAUUCCAGACAACGAAAAAGGCGCUUCACAAUGCACGAUGAGCGUCAAAUGCGGCUGUCCAAGCCCGCACAUCCGCAUCCAGACACAAGGAUCCCACCCAUUCCGCACGGGCGAGAUCCGGGUCCUCAGUCUGGACCUCCCCGCGCAAGUAGCAGACCCAUACACCAACCACAUUCGCAUCGACACGCUCUGCACCGUGACAGCGCUGUACACCCUUGGAUUGCAUAUCGGGGUUACGGAAUCGAUGCUCUGCGCUGACGCCUCGUUCUCGCCUUUCUACCGGCCGACGGCAGGUUCCGUGGACGGUCUCACCAAAGCAAACAUGGUCGGCGCCGUCCAGAGGAUAUUCAAGACGCUGAAGCCGGAUCUCCGGCCGACCCGCGAGCAGAUCACGAUCGAGCAUCACCCCUACGUCGACAUCCUGCCCUUUCCGACGCUGCGGAAGAAUCUCUUGACUCAACAGGAGGAGUUCGAUGAGGAUGAGUUCUUCGAUGAUGUGGUUUCUGGCUUGGUGUGCUGGGGCGGAGCGGGUAUGGGGAAGCGGGACAGGCAAGACUCUAUUGGGUGUCUGCCAACAGGUACCCCGUGGGAUGUUCGCAGUUGGGAGGCUAGGGGGUGGUUUCUGAAGAAGUAUUGGGCGCUGCUGGGUGGUGAAGAUGGGGAGCUUGUGCGGCAAAGUGAGUGGUGGUGUAGCAUCAGGGGGGAGGACAUGGAAGUGCAUGGUUAGAGAAGUCAUUAGCGGAUAUUCCCUCCUGCACUUGCGUGCUGAUUUACGGCAAUAGAGUUAGAGUGAUUCGUGACGGCUUGCAUCGUUUAGCUUAACGCUGACACCCUUACCUACAGGACAGAGUCAUUCUGGGACUCUGUAACUCCAUACUCUU